GACAACAAAUCAAUUGCCCCAUGUAACUGCUUGCUUUAUUUUUUUAUACGUUUAAUUUGACUACUUCUCUUAUUUAGAGGAGAAGUUUUGUAGUUUCAGUUGGAUAGUUACCUCAAUCCAAUUUUUGUCACCCUGUAACGGCUAAUACUAGUCAAGUGUGGCUGGGUGGGUGGGUAGCUAGCUGGCUAACUGCAGCUAACCACAGCUAAUCAAAUUUUUCAACACCGGUGUGAGAAGAUGGACUCAGGUGUCUUCACGGCCAUUUCCAAAGGUGACCCCUUUCCUCUGGAGUCGCUGCGCCUCCUGGUUCCACCUUUCCAGCUUAUGGCAGCCUCCAUGUGGCAGGUCCUGAAGAAACAAGAUGUCAUGAACUACUGGAAAGUGGCAGAGUAUGUGUCUUUGGUGAUGGACAUGGUUCCUGAGCUGCUAAUGUACAAGCACAGGAUGCAGCUUAACCUGGGAUUAAGAGCCAGGUAUAUUCUUGAGUUGUGCCGAAGUGAGCAGCUUGUGGAACCAGACUUCAUCUUGUCUCAUCUGGACAAGAUUAAAUCGCGACACCCCACCCUGGUAGAUAUGAAAGAAUCAGAAGAGGAAAUAGCAGUUAACUUUCUUGAGUUGAUCCAGACUCUGCUCAAAGAUCCCGAAGAGAGACAAGACUUUUUCUUGGAGGUCUUCCCUGCUGAGUAUGGCCCUCAGUAUGACAGUGAUUUGCAGACGCUGUUUUCUGAGUUCCUCUUUCGGCUGGCACAGCUGUUGCCCGUUCCUGACCUUGAGCAGACUGUCUCCUGGCUUGGAGCUGAAUGCUCUGUGUUGGAGGAUUGUGUGCAUUUAGUCUCUGAGCCUACAGACCUGAAAAAUUUACUCCAGCACCACAAACACCUUGGGCAUUUAGAUCAACAUGUUCCACCUUCUGGCAUGGGCGACAGCAUCCUCUCCUCCCUCUCUGCAGUUUCCCCUAGCAAAGUGGCAAAACCUACAGAAGAACCCAACCAGUCAGAUCCACUGCAAGGCCUCAGUGAUGACACACACACUGUAUCAUUCGUGGAUGAUGUAGCAGUUGAAAUAAUCACAGUGACAGAUUACGCAGAGGUUGAAUUGGGCGCAAGCACCGACAUCGAGGUGGUGAUGGGAGAAAAUUGCUUUGAGGGAACAGACACUAGCACAGUGGCUGAAGAUUCGCUUGUAGUGCUUCCUGAUGAGACAACCAGGGAAGAAGAAGUAGGUGGAGCAGGGGAAGAAGCAACACAAGAAAAAGCUGCAAGUGGUUUGCCAAACAUCCUCCUUCCAAAAGUUAACAAGGACGACUUAGCGUCCUCUCAACACAAAAUCUCUAUGGGACCUCAUGACUGCCCAGACUGUGAGAAGAAAUUUAAGUUUGCCUCUUCGCUAAUCGCCCACAGGGUCAUCCACACUGGUGAACGCCCCCACCGGUGCAAUGACUGUGGUCGCUGCUUCUCUUUCAGGCAGUCCCUCGACAGGCACAGACGCACGCACAAAACUGGACGCAAGUACGACUGCGUUAUCUGCGGGGAGACCUUCCACUCCUUGUCAGCCCGCACAGAGCACAAGCAAACACACAUGGAAGAUGGUGUUUACACGUGUUGUCAGUGCAACAAGAAAUUUAACUGGGAGCUGGCACUUGCAAGGCACCUGAAAAUUCACACUGAUGAUCACAACGCAAACAAGCUCACAGAGAGCCAUAAGGAUGGGCAAGAGGUUGUCAUAUGUGAUGAAAAUGUCAGCGCUGCACUUGCUGGACCCGACAGCCAUGCGGAUGAUAAUGGUGACCGCGAUCCAGAGAAUGCAGAUGUUCAGAGCAGUGAGCGUCCCACCUCUGAGCCUGAAGGCAGGAUCCCUGAACUUGACAAUGAAGACAUUUCCCAGGUGAAGGUCCGCACAAGUGGGCGCAAACGCAAACCAACCAUGAAGAUCCAGGUGAUAAAUUUACAGAAGUGCAUGACCACUAAAAGAAGGAAGGAGGUCACUGUGGCGAACCCUCCAGAGCUAAAGCCUUUGCCUUUCAAUUGUGCAGAACACUCUUAUGGGUCCUCCAUGGUCUCAUCAAAAGACGGUGAUGAAACAGAUGGCUCAUCAGCGGCUUUCUCCUGUCCUAAGUGCUCCUUCCACCACCCAGAAGAAACACAGGUCCAGCAGCACACUGACAAGGUUCACUCUGUUCAGACUGAGGAUGACAAGCCUCUCACAGAUGAAGAGGGCCGUUUUAGUUGUCCUGACUGUGAGAAGACCUUCAAGUUCCAGUCCUUGCUAAAAGCCCACCAGCGCAUCCACACAGGCGAGCAGCCCUUCCUGUGUUCUCAGUGCGGACGGCGGUUCUCCUUCAAACAGUCACUGGAGAGGCACAAGCAGACACACAAGUCCGGGCGCAAGUACGAGUGCCUAAUCUGCGGGGAGUUCUUCAAGACCCUGGUGGCCCAGAGGGAGCACAAGAGCACCCACAUGGAGAACGGCGAGUACCUGUGUUCAGAGUGUGGCCGGGCAUUUGCGUGGAAGUCGGCACUGGUGAGGCACCUGAAGACCCACGGCGAGGACGCUGACAAGGUGGAGCGUUCUUACAAAUGUCCUCGCUGUGACCUGGGCUUCAGCUGUGCCAGCUACCUCAACAGGCACCUCCAGACUCACCAAGAAGAAAGAGUGCACACCUGCAACUGCGGAAAGAGCUUCGCCUACCGGGCAGCUCUCACUGCACAUCAACGCAUCCAUCAAAAGGAGCGGCCGCACAUAUGCACGCAGUGCGGCAAGGGAUUCCUCUACAAGGGGGGUUUGCUGAGCCACAUGAAGAUCCACUCAGAGGAAAUGCCCUUCAUGUGUUCUUUCUGUGGUAAGAGCUUCAAGAGGGAACGUAACAUGAAGAAGCACGAGCGCUGCCACACCAGGGAAAACGUGUUCAGCUGCUCACAGUGCGACAAGAGUUUUGUGUAUAAGGCGACUUUGAUCAGACACGAGCUGACUCAUUCAGGCGAGAGGCCAUACCUCUGCUCCGACUGUGGGAAGGGCUUCUUUUCACACGCCGAGCUUCUGAAGCACGAGCGUUUCCACACGGGCCACAAGCCCUUCCAGUGCCCCCACUGUGGCAAGAAAUUCACUCAGUCUUGCUACCUGACCAUCCACCUGCGCUACCACACCGGAGUCCGGCCGUACUCCUGCACCGACUGCGACAAGAGCUUCCUCAGUGCCAACCGCCUGAAAAGACACCAGCGAACACAUUCAGGGGAAAAACCAUACCUGUGUGUAGAAUGUGGGAAGGGAUUCAGGCAGUCAUAUAAUCUCAAAAUGCAUCAACGAACGCAUAUCAUGAAGUUAACAUAGUCAGUCAAGACUUGAAUUUAUUGAUCUGGAGAUUAAUAUUUUGGAAAUGUAAAUGGUAUGAGUUUAUAAAUUAGUUUAGACUGGGACAAAAGCUAGCGUAGAUGGAUUAUUGUAACGUUAUCUUCUAUGCAAUCGCAGUGAACUGCAUCUAGUUUAGAAACUUGUUCUAGCAAGAAUAGGUUCAUGUUGAAUGUCCCGUUAUACUGAAUGCAUUUGAUUUACAGGUUGUGUAGCGAUUAAAGCACACUGAGCAGAGGAGUAUGUGUUUUUCAGAUAAAGUCUGUUGCAACUUUUGUCUAAUAUUUUGGCUCAAUCGACAAAUAAUAAACAAAAGGUUUUACAUAAA